AUGAAAACGGCACAAAACUACACUACCCACAAUUCACCGCGCAAUGGUAAACUGUUGAUAUGCCGACUGUGGGACCUGCAUGCGCCUGACAGUUCACUGUUCCGUCGUUUUAACAGUGUGGUCUGCGCUCCUCUGCCUCCUGUGAGCAGGAUGAGUGGUAGAAGGAUGGUUCCUCCUCCACGUCUCACUGGAGCUCUCAGGUCCUUCUCUGGACUCUGUAAAAAGGAGGACCCCACAGAAACACCUGUAGAUUUAAAGGCAAAGCGUCUGAAGCGGCAGGAGCUGUUUGCCAAUGAAGGCCUGACGUGGCAGAAGAUCCUCAGUUUCUGUGGUGAACAGCAGAGCCUGAACCAGGAGCUCCAUUCAGUCCUCCAGGCAGCCAAACAGAUAGUGGGAUCAGAACAUGGACAGGAGGCCAUUGAAAGCGCUGGAGUGUUUCUAUUUGAGACUUUCCACAACAAAGAUCAUGUUGGUACAGAGGAAACCCGUUCUAUCAAGCAGAUGUUUGGCCCUUUCCCCUACUCCGCCGCCGAAUCCGCCUGUGCCUCUGUUGUCAAAAUUGUAGCAAAACUUGGAGAUUCUCGUGUGGAAGAAUUCCAAACUGAUAGCAAAAAGGUUUACAAUGAGAAUGGAGCCUGUAGUUUGGCCCAAAGGGAGAGAAGUGCGGAGGAUGAGGGCGUUUUGAGGACAGAGGUGCAGAAGUAUCUGAACGGAGGGAACAUGAUUUCAUCCAGUGUGGAAGAGCUGUCCACGUCUCUCUUUGAAAUGCUGUCAUCGCCACGGAGCAACGACGAGCUGCAGAAUGAGCUGUUUGAGCUGCUGGGCCCAGAGGGACUGGAAAUGAUCUCUCUGCUGCUACAGAAGAGGAGCUCCAUUGUGGACUCGCUGCUCAACGCUGCCCCUGACAGAGCUCCACACAUUGGCGACUUGAAUCGAAUGGUUGGCGCUGAGGCCUCCAAGCCGGCGUAUGGGUGCCAGGUGACCAUCCUCUCGGAGCAGGAGAAGCAGAUGCUGAAGCUGUACCGCAGGGAGGAGAAGAGGGAGAGGAAACGUGGCAAGGCUACAGACGACAAUGAUGGCUUUGAGGCUCCCCUAAACUUUGACCCCAGAGAGAUGAGAGCACAGCGGGAACAAGCUCUCCUGAAUGCUCGUCGUGAACCAGUGCUGUUGAGGUCCAGAACCUAUGAACCAGUCCGAUAUCCAAACGUCUACGACUGCUAUGCUGAGGCCACAAAGGCACCAGCCUUUGUGGGAGGAGCCAGGUUGCUGCUCCCCGAGGGAAUUCGCAGAGAGAACACUAAGAUGUUUGAGGAGGUGGAGAUCCCGCCCAGUGACCCCAUGCCCAUCGGCUUUGAAGAGAAACCAGUCUACAUCUCCGAGCUAGACGAGAUUGGUCAGCUGGUGUUCAAAGGGAUGAAGCGCCUGAACAGAAUCCAAUCUUUGGUUUUUGAGACUGCCUACAACACCAACGAGAACCUUCUCAUCUGUGCACCCACGGGUGCUGGGAAAACCAACAUUGCUAUGCUCACUGUGCUCCAUGAGAUCCGGCAACAUCUGCAACCUGGUGGAGUCAUUAAGAAGGAUGAGUUUAAGAUUGUGUACGUAGCUCCGAUGAAAGCCCUGGCAGCAGAGAUGACAAACUAUUUCAGCAAACGCCUGGAGCCGCUUGGCAUCGCUGUGAAGGAGCUGACCGGAGACAUGCAGCUCAGCAAAGGAGAGAUCCUACGGACUCAGAUGUUGGUGACAACUCCAGAGAAGUGGGACGUUGUGACCAGGAAAAGUGUCGGUGAUGUCGCUCUGUCCCAGAUUGUUCGCUUACUCAUUUUGGAUGAGGUUCACUUGCUUCAUGAAGACAGAGGGCCUGUGCUGGAGAGUCUCGUGGCGCGCACCAUAAGACAGGUGGAGUCCACUCAGAGUAUGAUCCGUAUCCUUGGCCUUUCUGCAACUCUGCCAAACUACCUGGAUGUGACGUCUUUCCUCCAUGUGAACCCUUACAUCGGGCUGUUCUUCUUUGAUGGACGCUUCAGACCUGUGCCUCUCGGACAGACUUUUGUGGGAAUCAAAUCUACUAACAAGGUGCAGCAGCUUCAUGACAUGGAGGAGGUGUGUUACAACAAAGUACUGGAACAAGUUAGGGCAGGGCAUCAGGUGAUGGUGUUUGUCCACGCUCGCAAUGCCACUGUAAGGACAGCUAUGGCUCUCAUCGAGAUGGCCAAGAAUAACGGAGACAUUUGCGUCUUCCAACCAGACCAGGGUCCUGACUAUGGCCAGUGUGAAAAACAGGUCCAGCGUUCCAGGAACAAGCAGAUGAAGGAAAUGUUUCCUGAGGGCUUUGGGAUCCACCACGCUGGUAUGCUGCGUUCUGACCGUAGUCUGAUGGAGAGCAUGUUCUCCAAAGGCUACCUCAAAGUGCUAGUGUGCACCGCAACACUGGCUUGGGGAGUCAACCUUCCCGCGCACGCUGUCAUCAUCAAGGGAACUCAAAUCUACGAUGCCAAACGUGGAACGCUGGUGGACCUGGGCAUUCUGGACGUUAUGCAGAUUUUUGGUCGUGCCGGUCGUCCACAGUUUGAUAAAUUUGGAGAAGGAACCAUCAUCACUUCUCAUGAAAAACUGAGCCACUAUCUGACCCUCCUCACGCAGCAGAACCCCAUCGAGAGCCAGUUCCUCGACAGCCUGGCAGAUAACCUCAACGCAGAGAUUGCUUUGGGGACAGUGACGAAUGUUGAAGAAGCGGUGAAGUGGCUCAGUUACACUUAUCUGUACGUACGAAUGAGAGCCAACCCCCUGGUCUACGGCAUCAACCACAAGGCCUACCAGAUGGAUCCUUUGCUGGAGCUGUACAGAAAGGAGCUGGUGAUCGAGUGUGGAAGGAAACUGGACAAGGCCCGAAUGAUCCGCUUUGAGGAGAGGACUGGCUACUUUGCCUCCACAGACCUGGGCAGGACGGCCAGCCACUUCUACAUCAAGUACAACACCAUAGAGACUUUUAAUGAACUAUUCAACUCCCAACGCACUGAGGCUGAUAUCCUAAGCAUUGUGUCCAAAGCGGAAGAGUUUGAGCAACUUAAGGUGCGUGAUGAGGAGAUGGAGGAGCUGGAUCAGAUGCUGUCUUCGUUCUGUGAGCUGCCUGCUGCUGGGGGAGUGGAGAACGGCUACGGAAAAGUGAACAUUCUGCUGCAGACGUACAUCAGCCGUGGGGAAGUGGACAGCUUCUCCCUCAUCUCUGACCUGUCCUACGUCGCUCAGAAUGCAGCACGUAUUGUCCGUGCCUUGUUUGAGAUCGCCCUGAGGAAGCGGUGGCCGACCAUGACGUACCGCCUCCUGACUUUGUGUAAAGUCAUUGACAAACGUCUGUGGAGCUACUGCCACCCGCUCAGACAGUUCCCAAACCUGAGUCAUGUCAUUCUGAACCGCCUUGAAGAGAAGAAACUGUCUGUGGACAAACUCAAGGAGAUGAGGAAGGACGAGAUCGGCCACAUGCUACACCACGUGAACAUUGGUCUCACCGUGAAGCAGUGCGUCCAUCAGAUCCCUUCUGUUACCAUGGAGGCCAGUAUUCAACCAAUCACACGCACCGUCCUCCGCGUCCGCCUCGUCAUUACACCGGACUUCAGGUGGAACGACCAGGUCCAUGGUUCUGUGGGUGAGCCCUGGUGGUUGUGGGUGGAAGACCCCAACAAUGAUCACAUCUACCAUUCAGAGUACAUCCUCCUGCAAAAGAAACAGGUGGUGACAGGGGAGCCACAGAAUAUCGUCUUCACCAUCCCGAUCUUUGAGCCGCUGCCGUCACAGUACUACAUCAAAGUGGUGUCUGACCGCUGGCUCGGGGCUGAAGCCAUCUGCAUCAUCAACUUUCAAAACCUCAUCCUCCCUGAAAGACACCCCCCACACACCGAGUUGUUGGAUCUGCAACCGUUGCCCAUCACUGCGCUGGGAAACCCGGAAUACGAGAGCCUGUACAAAUUCACUCAUUUCAACCCAAUCCAGACCCAGAUCUUCCACACGCUCUACCACACCGACACCAACGUCCUGCUGGGGGCGCCAACAGGCUCCGGGAAAACCAUCGCUGCAGAAAUGGCAAUGUUCAGGGUCUUCAACAUGUAUCCAGGCUCCAAGGUGGUGUAUAUUGCGCCUCUGAAGGCCCUGGUCCGAGAGAGGAUUGAGGAUUGGAAAGUUCGCAUUGAAGAGAAACUUGGAAAGAAAGUGGUGGAGUUGACAGGGGACGUGACCCCAGACAUGAGGGCCAUCGCCCAGGCCGAGCUCAUUGUCACAACCCCCGAAAAGUGGGAUGGAGUGAGUCGGAGCUGGCAGAACCGCAGCUAUGUCCAGAAAGUGGCCAUUCUAAUCAUCGAUGAGAUCCACCUGCUGGGUGAAGACAGAGGUCCCGUCCUGGAAGUCAUUGUGUCCAGAACAAACUUCAUCUCGUCCCACACGUCCAAAAGUGUCCGGGUUGUGGGUUUGUCCACAGCUUUGGCCAAUGCCCGCGAUCUUGCCGACUGGCUUGGGAUUAAACAGGUGGGACUGUUUAAUUUCCGGCCGUCGGUGCGCCCCGUCCCGCUCGAGGUGCACAUCCACGGGUUUCCAGGGCAACACUACUGCCCGCGCAUGGCCACGAUGAACAAACCCACUUUCCAAGCGAUUCGGAGCCACUCUCCUGCCAAACCUGUGCUGAUCUUUGUUUCGUCUCGUCGCCAAACUCGGCUGACGGCUCUGGACCUGAUCGCGUACCUGGCCACAGAGGACAACCCCAAACAGUGGCUGCACCAGGACGAGAGGGAGAUUGAGGCCAUCAUCGUCACAGUGCGAGACUCAAACCUGAAGCUGAUGCUUGCAUUUGGCAUUGGGAUUCACCACGCAGGACUUCACGAAAGAGACCGGAAGACUGUGGAGGAGCUGUUCGUCAACUGCAAAAUACAGGUUUUAAUUGCUACCAGCACUUUGGCCUGGGGCGUCAACUUCCCUGCACACCUUGUGGUCGUAAAGGGAACUGAAUAUUUUGACGGAAAAUCCAGGCGCUACGUUGACUACCCCAUUACAGAUGUUCUGCAAAUGAUGGGGCGCGCAGGUCGACCUCAGUUUGACGACCAGGGAAAAGCUGUGAUCCUGGUUCACGACAUAAAGAAAGACUUUUACAAAAAAUUCCUGUAUGAACCAUUCCCGGUCGAGUCCAGCCUCCUCAGCGUGCUGUCAGACCAUCUCAACGCCGAAAUUGCUGCUGGGACCAUCUCCUCCAAACAGGACGCCAUGGACUAUAUCACCUGGACCUACUUCUUCAGACGCCUUGUGAUGAACCCCAGUUACUACGAAUUGGAGGACAUCAGCCAUGAGUCCAUCAACAAAUAUCUUUCCUCUUUGGUGGAGAGAAGCUUGCGAGACCUGGAGUGCUCCUACUGCAUUGAGAUCCAGGAGGAUGACCGCACGAUUACGCCCAUGACGUACGGACGCAUAUCUUCAUAUUACUACCUCAAACAUCAAACCAUUAGAAUGUUCAAGGAGCGGCUGAGAGCGGAGCUGCCCAUAGAGGAGCUGCUGUCCGUCCUCACUGAAGCAGAGGAGUACGCCGAGCUGCCUGUGCGACACAAUGAGGACCAGCUUAACAGUGCAUUGGCUCAGCAGCUCCCCCUGCAGGUGAACCCGCACUCGUUCGACAGCGCUCACACCAAAACUCACCUCCUGCUCCAGGCCCACUUCAGCCGGGCGGCCCUCCCCUGCAGCGACUACGGCACCGACACCAAGACCGUGCUGGACAACGCCAUCCGCAUCUGCCAGGCCAUGUUGGACGUGUGUGCGAAUGAGGGCUGGCUGGUGGCGUCUCUGUGCGUGUGUCAGCUGGUGCAGAUGGUGGUCCAGGGGCGAUGGACCCACGACUCGUCUCUCCUCACACUGCCCCACAUCGAGAAGCACCACCUCUACCUCUUCAGGAAAUGGUCAAACAGGAAGGGUUCAUCUGACCGAGGCGGCUUCACUGGACCAAUCGAAGGCCUCCCAGAGCUGAUGGAAGUCUGCGGAGGAAGAGAAAGUGUUUUUGCAUCAAUUCUUGGUCAAGAGUUUCAACACAGUCAAAUCAACCAGGCUUGGUCGUUCUUGAGCCACCUCCCCGUGCUGGACGUGACGAUGAGCGUGAAGGGCUGGUGGGACGGGGGCCGAGAGCAGACGGAGCGGCCCCUGUCUGCAGCCGGGUCAAGGAUUGGGAAGGACAGCAGCUGGUGUGAGCUCCAUGCUGACCAGGAGUACGUCCUACAAGUGUGUCUGAGGAGAACCAACGCUGGGCAGCAGAGGAGGAAGCAGGACAAUAAGGCUCAGGCUCCGCGGUUCCCCAAAGCGAAGGAUGAGGGCUGGUUCCUGGUUCUGGGGGAGGUGGACCGACGGGAACUGUUGGCCGUGAAGAGAGUGGGAUACGUCAGGAACCGAACCGUUGCCUCUGUGGCUUUUUACACUCCAGAGUCCACUGGCAAAUACAUUUACACCCUGUAUGUGAUGAGUGACAGUUACCUGGGCCUGGAUCAACAGUACGACAUCCAUUUGAAGGUGAUUCCUGCGAGCAUCUCUGCACAGGUCAACACUGAAGUGAGUGACUCCGUGAGCGGGCUGUCGGUGAGCUGA